GGCAGCUAAGCGCAGCACAGCCAUCCUUACUCCUUAGAGAGGGAGCUAAUAAGAAUAACCAUGGCGUACAGGGUGCUGGAGGUGACCCUCCUGUCGGCCAAGGACCUCAAGAGGGUGAACCUGAUCUCGCGCAUGGAGGUGUACGCCGUGGUGACCAUCUCCGGCGACCCAAUGACGCGGCAGUGCACCCAGCCGGACCCCUACGGCGGGCGCCACCCGUCGUGGAACACCUCGUUCAGGUUCAACGUCCCGCCCACCGCCGCGACGGCCACCGGCUGCCUCCACGUGCUCCUGCGCACCGAGCGCGCCCUCGGCGACCGCGACGUCGGCGAGGUCAUCGUGCCCCUCGCCGACAUCCUCGCCGGCGGCGGCGCCGCGUGCGACCCCGGCGCCCGGCCGCCGCAGGUCGCGUCGUACCAGGUCCGCAAGGUGCACCGCUGCGAGCCGCGCGGGAUGCUCAACGUGUCCUACCGCCUGGGCCCCAUCGUCGCCCCGCAGGCGCCGGAGACGGCGGCCGCCCCCUUCGUCGGCUACCCGGUGCCGCGGUCGUGCUACGCCCCGCCUUAUGCCUACCUGCCCGCGGCGGCGCCUCUGUCGCUGCCGCCGCCGCCUCAUCCGCAAGCUGCCGGCGGGCACGACGCCGUGCAUUCGUCUCCACAGUCUGCGGGGGCGACCAGCACGUACAACUUUCCUGCUGCGUAUCCACAAGCGGCCGCCGGGCAUGCAUCCCUGCCGCCGCCGACGAGUGGGAAGGACAGCGGCGGCGGCAAGCUGGACUUCGGGGUGGGGCUCGGCGCCGGACUGGUGAGUGGCGCGAUCAGCGGGAUUCUGGCGGGCGACAUGGUGUCUGAGGUGGCGGCUUACAACUACGGGUACCGCGCCGGGUUGGCCGACGGCGGAGCCGGAGCCACCGUUUACAAGAAGAAUUCUCACUAUGGUGUUCCCCAGGGCAAAGUUGAACCAAACCGGACGAUGGUGUGACUCACUAGAAUAAAAGAAAAACAGUGCAUGACAUGAUAAUGACAAUAAUAAAGGUUUAACACGGUUUAGGGCAGUCUUUUUCUGACCGAGAU